AUGUUCUUCACAGCCGUUGCGCGGCCGCGGCUCAACGAUGACGACGGGACAUGGUGGACAGGCAAAAUUGGCACGUGGCCGUUUGUGGAAACAGUGCUGACACAGCGCACAAGCUCGAACCGCCAUGCAGGAACGCCAGAAACUAAACCCUUGGUCGUCACCAAUAAUGUGUACCGGUCCUUCUUGAUCAACAAGGUGUUACCUGCUGUGGUCAAGGUAUGGCCGCAGUCAAACGUUCCCAUCAUCAUUCAACACGACAACGCUCGCGCCCACGUUGCGACGUCCGACAUGCAACUGCGAACGGAGUUCGACCGCUACAGCACCCUGGGCUGGACGUUCCAGCUUGCCCCACAGCCUCCCAACUCCCCGGAUGCCAACAUUUAUUGA